ACUGGGGCGUGCCGAGGGGCGGGGUUCCUGAGGUCGCAACCUGGGCGCUGUCCGCGGUGCUGAGCGCCCGCCGGGGCGCACAGGGCCGGGGCGUCAUGGGGAAUCGCAGCGCCGCGGAUGCUGGGGUGCUGAUGGCGGGGUGCGGGCCUGACGUGGACAGAGGGGCAGGGUCACCGGCGGGGCUGGCGGGGCCGGGGGCUGCGGCGGCACUGGUGGGGGGCGUGCUGCUCAUUGGCUCGGUACUCGCGGGGAACUUACUAGUGUGCGUGAGUGUGGCGGCUGAGCGCGCCCUACAGACUCCCACCAACUACUUCAUCGUGAGCCUGGCGGCCGCGGACCUGCUCCUCGCUCUGCUCGUCCUGCCGCUCUUCGUCUACUCCGAGGUCCAGGGUGGCGUGUGGCGGCUGAGCCCCGGCCUCUGUGACGCGCUCAUGGCCAUGGACGUCAUGCUGUGUACCGCCUCCAUCUUCAACCUGUGCGCCAUCAGCGUGGACAGGUUCGUGGCGGUGGCGGUGCCCCUGACCUACAACCGCCAGGGCCGGGGCGGGCGUCAGUUGCUGCUCAUCGGGGCCACGUGGCUGCUGUCGGCUGCGGUGGCUGCGCCCGUGCUGUGCGGCCUCAACGACGUGCAGGGCCGCGACCCAGCCGCGUGCCGCCUGGAGGACCGAGACUACGUGGUCUACUCGUCCGUGUGCUCCUUCUUCGUGCCCUGCCCGCUCAUGCUGCUGCUCUACUGGGCCACGUUCCGGGGCCUGCGGCGCUGGCAGGCUGCGCGCCGCACUAGACUGCACUGCCGCGCGCCCCGCCGGCCCAGCGGCCCCGGCCCGCCGCCCACCACCGCUGACCCGGCCCGGCCCCUGCCGCCGGCCCCGAGGAGGCGCCCGGAGAUCCCUGGCCGGGAGCGCAAGGCCAUGAGGGUCCUGCCCGUGGUGGUCGGGGUCUUCCUGGUCUGCUGGACACCCUUCUUCGUGGUGCACAUCACGCGAGCGCUGUGUCCCACCUGCGCGGUCCCCCCGCGGCUGGUCAGCGCCGUCACCUGGCUGGGCUACCUCAACAGUGCCCUGAACCCGGUCAUCUACACGGCCUUCAACGCGGAGUUCCGCGGCGUCUUCCGCAAGGCCCUGUGCCGCUGCCACUGCUGCUGAGUCGGUGCCCCGCCCCCGCCUCCCUCCCAGGGGGAGGAGCGGUUUUGUGCAAACUCUCAAGUGGAUUCUGUUCUAAAUACCCGUGCAGAAGGGUCCAAGUGGGCGUGGGUGCUCGGGGAGUCACGCCAAGGUGGGGUGACUCAGCCCAAGCGGAGCCCAGGCCCCUACAGACCCCCAUGAGGCCAGUUACCCCCUUCCUUCUGAGGAAGCGCAGAGGCCGGGCCCCACAAACUGGCUCCUGGCUCAGGGUGAGGCAAGAAGGCCACCUCAGCUCUGGGGCUCCCCGCAGUGGCUCCCACCCUUCUCCAUAGCCCCCUUCCACUCCUGGGCACCAGCUGCAAGGCCCCCGGCCCCCGGGCCCUCGGCUGUCCCCGCUCUGUCCCCCGGCUGCUGUCUCCUUUCUUGGCGGGAGACGGACAAGUCGCCCUGCAGGCACUGGGGCUGGGAUCAGUGGUCAGGCCCCUCCCAGACCAAGGACCAGUGGUGGUGGUCCCCCCAGUCUCUAGAAAACACAGCUGAGCUGACCCCGCCGAGGCAGACGCCCCUCCGCUCCCAGAGCACACAGCCGUCCUCAGUGGGAGCCGCCACCCAGGGCGCAGGAGGCAGGGCAGGGCCCAAGGCAGGGCAGGGCCACCCAAGCUGCCCCCCACCCCCCGGAAGACUGGAUCCCCAGAUCACCAGUUGGGUUCCCAGGUGGGGUACAUGCCUAGGUUCUGGGCCAAGUCCCAGCUGGAUCCAGAGUUCUCAGGUG